GCGGUACCGUGUUGUUAGUUUUUUCCACAGGGUUCCCUGAACGCAGCAGCCUGUCAGAGGAACCAUGUUGUUGUAGUCGAUCUGAGUUUCCAGCUUGUGUUUGUGUCCGCAGACAGUUUCCUUCUGUGUGGAAUAAAACUGAGUGUAACAUUAUCGCUGAAGGGCAACAAGAGGAUCUGUCGGGUGUGGUUAAGAUGGUGGACCGGCUGGCGAACAGCGAGGCUAACUCCAAGCGGAUUUCUGUCGUGGAAAGCUGCUUUGGCGCUGCAGGUCAGCCACUGGCCAUUCCAGGUCGCGUGCUGAUCGGCGAGGGCGUCCUCACCAAACUGUGUCGCAAGAAACCCAAGGCACGCCAGUUCUUCCUGUUUAACGACAUCCUCGUCUACGGCAACAUCGUCAUCCAGAAGAAGAAGUACAACAAGCAGCACAUCAUCCCGCUAGAGAGUGUCACCAUCGACACGGUGCCCGAUGAGGGCGAGCUGCGCAACGGCUGGCUCAUCAAGACACCCACCAAGUCCUUCGCUGUGUACGCCGCCACCGCCACGGAGAAGUCAGAGUGGAUGAACCACAUAGGAAAGUGUGUUGGAGAUUUGCUGCAGAAGAGCGGCAAGCUGCCCACUGGUGAGCACGCCGCCGUCUGGGUGCCUGACUCGGAGGCUGCAGUGUGCAUGCGUUGCCAGAAGGUGAAAUUCACGCCGGUCAGCCGGCGACAUCACUGCAGGAAGUGCGGCUUUGUGGUUUGCGGACCUUGCUCGGAUAAGAAGUACCUCCUGCCCAGCCAGUCGUCCAAACCUGUCCGCGUGUGCGAGUACUGCUACGUGCAGCUAACCUCUGGGGGAGGGAUGGCGCCGCACUCAGACUCCAUCAACCGGCUGGGGUCGAAAUUCAACAGCAGCAACCUGUCGGACGACGACGACGAAGAUGACAGCAGUGACUGAGCCCCGCCCACCGACCGGCACGCUUUCAUCUCCUCCCAGAUUACAGCUUCACAAAAUAAAUUACACAUCUGAGGAUUAAUUCACAGCGCCUUGGAAUUUCUUUUAUCAUCAACCAACCAAAAUGAACUUUGCUUCUCAGACUCCAGCCUGCAUGCGAACGGCGGAACGUGGAGUCGGGGUUCAUUGACUGAGUGAAGUCUGACUGUUCCAUGCUUCCCUCAGACCUCUUCAGUCCUCGUUCCGUUACUCUUCAUCACUACAAAGCACGAUGGUGCUCACAUCCGUUCUUUUCUCUCCACUUCUGUAGUUUUUAUUUUCUCUUUUCCCCACAAAAUUGACAUUUCAGUUGGAAUAUGCAAACGUUUAAGGCUGUAAAGGUGGCGGCGCACUUCACUUGACAGCUUGUGUGGGUUGUCGAGUUUGAAGCCAGUUCUGACAAUUUGGUGCCUACACAAGUCUCAUUGACUGAUUAGUUGGUUGUAUCAGUGUGACAUCAUGACUGCAUGUGAGACAACAAAUUAAAAUUGGAUCACGACGACAGCAAGAGCACCGAAAAAUAAUCUUUUUUUUUUUGUAUGUUUUGUGCAUUUAAAAUCAUACACCUACGGAUGCUUUUCCUCCAACCAGCUGCUCCGAUGGAGUGAGUUGCCGCUUAAAACUUUAUCUCUGUUUCCCUUCAGGUAUUGACACAAAAAGUGCUCUUUUCUAGAACAGGUUUGAUGUUUUCUUUAACUUUAUGCUAAUUUGUUUGGAAGUGAAGCAAGGAUCGCUUUUCCAACUAACAAACUGUGGAGUUAUAACGCUAAAGUCCGGAACUUUUCUCCUGCUGCUCUCACACACUGCAGCAUCGCCACACCAUUAAAGAGAUUUUCUAACGUGCAUCGACUUCAGAGCAAACCGCACGUUUCUGUUAAAUUACAGCUGUAAUGCAUUCCAUGUGCUUGGUGAGCGGCGCGUGUGAGAUACCAGCAGAUCUGGGAUCAAAUCCCUUUAAUCUAAUAAACCUGUCAGACACUAUCCAAACUCCUGUCUGCUGCUUGGAAACGCAUUUCUUUAGUAGUCACCACAGUGGAUCCUGCAUGGAUCCCCAUGUUGAUUUGGCAGAAAUUUUACACCGGAUGCUCUUGCUUAAAAAAAACUUCAGAUGCACAAGCAGAAUGGGGCACAGUUGGCCUUGAAGCGGGAACCUUCAGGUUGGAAUCCAAGCGUGCUGCCAUGUCUGCUACUUCUGAAUGUGAUGGAGGCAUGUCACAUCCUGGUCUUCUCUGAUUGGUUCAUGCACCUGCACAGAGACAUUAGCAGGGGUCUGUUAUUGUGGGAUGUAUCUGACGCCAUGACAUCAGGGUGAUGAGAUAAAGUUAAUCGCUGCUGUUAAAUGUCCCUGCAAGCACACAGGCCUCUGUUUUGCUUUCUUAUCAGCUCAUCUCUCUGGGAGUUUAGUCCGCUUUCUGAGCUCAGCGCACGCACCAAAACUUCUAUUUGCCUUCCUGUUCACGUAGUGCCUUGUAGAAAAGAGAACCUUAGCUGUUAACAAGGAAAUGUUUGAACUGAAGCAGCUGAGACCACAGCAGCUUUAGGUGCAGCAAAUAGAAGAGCAGGAAGCUUACAAAUAUAAGCCAUCGAAUGUUCCGCCGUGGUUAAAACGAGAUGAUGACACAAUAACGGAAUAGUCCGCUUCAUCGUGGUAUUGCCAGGGAUUAAAACGGUGACCUUCUGGGAGGUCUUUUUUUUUUUUUUACUACUUUGUAAAGAUUUUUUUUUUUUAAAUUGUCUGUUAGUUCAAGCGGUACAGCUGCUGCUGAGUAGUCGUCGAGCACCGAUCCUAGAGAUGAACACUGUUGUAUGUUUGGCACCAAGCCCAUACAGCUCCCCCAACACUCCCCCCCAAGAGUGCCCUUUUUUCAGUAAACGUCGCCCCUAGCAUUUUGUUUUCUUUGUGGACUGCUUGUUCUGUACACCUGCUCUGACCACUUUUAAAUUAAAAAUCCCUCAACUUUUCAGAGAGGCGCCAUAGCGCCUCUGCAGCGCCUCUUCAGGCAAAUGAGAGGAGAGCAUCAUUUUUUCUGAUUUGUCACUGAAAAUCCAUCAGAACAGAGGCAAAAAAAAGUCAUCUGUGACAGCAGAUUG